AUGCGCCAGCUGCGACUGCUGCUGCUGCCCCUGCUACUGCUGCUGCCACAGUGCACACCCUCUGGGGACAACGGCGAGGAGGCGCUCGGGGAAGUGCACGACGUCUGUGGGCUGCACGGGUCGAUCCAGUCUCCGGGCUACCCAGGGCCGUACCCCGACCAGGCUCUCCACACCUGGCACAUCUCCGUGCCGUCCGGGUACCGCGCGCGCCUGCAGUUUGCGCACUUCGACCUGGAGACGUCCGUCAAGUGCCAGUAUGACUACGUCAAGGUCUCAGCCGGUAACGAAUCACUGGACAAUUUCUGCGGCCAAGAGAGCAUGGACGGGGAACACGUACCGGGCAACCAGCUCAUCGUGGCUUCUGGCAACAGCAUCAACGUCACCCUCAGAACCGACUUUUCCAACGAGGAGCGCUUCACAGGGUUCAAGGCGUACUUCACCGCCGUGGACAUCAACGAGUGCGUCGAGGGAGACGCCGGCGGCAAUGAGCAGGCGUGCCAACACAACUGCUACAACUACCCCGGCGGGUUUCACUGCUCCUGCCGCUAUGGGUACCAACUGGACCAGGAUGAUCGCACCUGCACAGUGGAGUGCAGCGGCCAGGAAUUCACCGAGCGACGAGGAGAGGUGACAAGCCCCGAAUACCCCAGGCCGUACCCCAGGGCCUUGCAAUGCAAGUUCACGCUGCGUCUGGAGGAGGGCUACUUGUUGACCCUCAACUUCCGGGACACCUUCGACGUGGAGAUUCACCCCGAAAUCAAAACAUGCCCCUACGACAGCCUGACGAUUCGGUCGGGCGGCCGGCAGUGGGGACCUCUGUGUGGGAGGUCCCUGCCCGACCCCAUCGAGACCAAGAGCUCCGUGGCCGAGAUCGUCUUCACCAGCGACAAGUCUGGGGACAACACGGGCUGGAGGAUUCACUACACCUCCGAGGGCAUCGCCUGUCCCGGCGUGAACGCGCUGGGGAAUGGUUACUUCGAGCCAAAGCAGCUCACUUACCGCUUCAAGGACGCGAUUGUGUUCUCGUGUGACACCGGCUACAAACUCAUCCAGGGUGAAAAUGGAAAAGAGGCCGAUUCACUGCGGAUGACUUGUCUAAAUAACGGGACGUGGGACCGCAUGCCCCCCACGUGUAAAAUUGUGGAUUGCGGUUUUCCUCCGUUGAUCGUACAUGGCUACACUGACCCGUUCUUCCCAACUACAACAUACAAGGAAAAGGUCACGUUUGAAUGUUCAGAUGCCUAUCGCUUCACAACACCCACGGACGGUGUCUUCACCUGCAAUGAGAGUGGACACUGGACGAACCCUCUCGACAGGGAGAAAAUCCCAACCUGUGAACCAGUGUGCGGAGAGCCCAAGCACCCGAUAGAACAAGUGGCACGUAUUGUGGGCGGCUACCCUGCACGAUCCGGCAACUUCCCCUGGCAGGCUCUGAUCAGGAAGUUUUCACAUCGUGGCGGACUGCAGGGUGGUGGCUCCCUGAUUAAUGACCGGUGGAUCAUAACAGCAGCUCACGUGGUGGAAGACUUCCUUCCUCAUGAAAUAUUUAUCACUUUAGGGGCUCUAAAUCAAAAACUGCCCAACAGCAAGGGUUCAACUGAAACGCGUACAGUGGACAAGAGAAUUAUGCACCCUGGCUACAAGCCCAAUGAAACCUUUUUCGACAAUGACAUUGCAUUGCUCCGGCUGGCUGGCGAUCCUGUGAGCAUGACGGACACUGUGAGGCCAAUUUGUCUCCCAAAGGUCACAGAAGGCAGAGUGGCUCCCGUACUGGUGCCGCAUCACGUGGGGUUUGUUUCAGGAUGGGGUCACACAAAGGCUCAAAUUGGUAGUACCACAUCACAAGUUUUAAAGUAUGUUGAACUGCCCAUUGUGGAAGACAAUAUCUGCAUGGAGACUAACCAUGACAAGUCGGUUCAAUAUUACACACAUAAUACAAUAGUCACAGGGAAUAUGUUCUGCGCUGGUUAUCCCCAAGGUGGUAAGGAUGCAUGCCAGGGGGACAGUGGAGGUCCGUUCACAAUCGUUGUUGAGGGUAAGUUUUGGUACUUGAUGGGUCUCGUGUCCUGGGGUAUCUCUUGUGCCAAAGCCGACCAGUACGGCGUCUACACCCGUGUGGACAAGUACCUCGACUGGCUGCACUCUGAGAUGGCCAAGAAUAAAUGAUUGAAUGUACAACUACA